AUAUUCCCCGAUUUAUUCACUCAGUCAGGAGGAUGCAGAGAGGCGAGCAGGGAGAGACGAGCCGUGGAGCCUCAGCACGCUGACAUUAAUGAGUUGAACAGCAGAGAGAAGACUCACAGGGAAUGGAGAGCUGCACGUCUCUACAACUCGCUGCUCUGUGAUUGGCUGAUCCCCGGUGUCACUAUCAACAUGGCUCACCUCUUCCUCGCCAGUAAGAUCAUCAUGCCGGAUGAACUCCACAGCAAAGGCGGGCCCAGGAUCCCCAGGAGCGCCAUGAGGACGCCGCCGUCGCUCACUGUGGAGAAGCUGAGCCGAGAGAAAACCAGGAAGGACCCCGGCGUCGUCGUGAUAACACACGUCCCGCAUGUUAACGAAGUCCAGCUGACAGCGGCGACCGGGGGCGCGGAGAUGUCCUGCUACCGCUGCACCGUGCCGUUCGGCGUCGUCGUUCUCAUCGCGGGCAUCGUGGUCACGGUGGUGGCGUACACGUUCAACUCCCACGGGUCGACCAUCUCGGUGCUGGGACUGGUGCUGCUGUCUGCUGGACUGGGCUUGCUGGGAUCCAGCGCCCUCUGCUGGAGGCUCCGACUGAGGAAGAAGAAGGACAAACGGAGGGAGAGUCAGACCGCCCUCAUGGCAAGUCAGGGGAUCAUCGCCUGAACAUGGCGGUCGUCUCCUGAGGGGAAGUUUAACCCCUUUCUGUCCAUGUUUGUGAUUCAGAUUUACUACACUGAGACAGAGAUCCUGAACGCACCACGCUACACAAGGAGCACAAACUGGGCUUCUUUUUUCUGCAGAAGCUUCUUCAAAGACUCCAGCCUGUGACUGUCGGAGGAAAGCUUCAGUGUUCGGACAUAUGGCAGCCUGCAGGAAAUACUUUGACGACUUUGGACUCCAUAUUUGAAGUCCUGGACAAAAAGAGAAUCUUAUCUUCGUUUCAUAAAGUUCUGAAACAAAGGCGAACACUAUUGUUGGAUUUUCAGACAGA